AAACCCUAAUAAAAAAAAAUGAACGCGCUCAUGGAAGGUGGAGCCGACCAGGCAGUGCAGCAGCCCACCGGGCAACGUUGACCUUUCUUCAUAGGAAAACCCUAACCAAAAUUGCGUCUUUUCCACACAUUUCUUUCUUCUGCAAGCCCAAGACGAAAGAGAAACCCAUAUUUCAGUUCAAAGUCUUUCUCACCUCAUCCUGUAGCCUAUCCUAUCAUAUCAUUGUAAAUUUUUAUUCAAAUCCGAACAAGAGCAACGGACGAGUUAAGUUUUUGAGGGGAGACUAAUUAAGCAACGCAGUCACAGAACAAGAGUUUUUCUCUUUUCUCUGAUUAAGCUAAAAAAAAUUAGAGCUAAUAUUAGUCUUGAACUAUGGGAAAACCAACUGGGAAGAAGAAGGAAUUGGAGCCACAAAAGGCUGGAAAUGCUAACAGUAAACCAAUCAAAGCCUGUGAACGAAGCUCCAAAGCUUUCGAUGAGGACACUGCAAUCUUCAUUAACAUGUCUCAAGAGCUUAAAGAAGAAGGUAACAAGCUGUUCCAAAAACGUGACCAUGAAGGAGCAAUGUUGAAAUACGAAAAGGCACUUAAACUCCUCCCCAAAACACAUAUUGAUGUUGCUCAUCUUCAUAGCAAUAUGGCUGCUUGUUAUAUGCAAAUGGGUCUUGGUGAAUACCCACGAGCUAUCAAUGAAUGUAAUUUAGCUCUUGAGGUAUCACCAAGAUACAGUAAAGCUUUGUUGAAAAGAGCCAAGUGUUAUAAGGCGCUGAAUCGGUUGGAUUUGGCAUUUAGAGAUGUCAAUAUUGUGUUGAGUAUGGAACCCAAUAAUCUUAAUGCGUUAGAGAUAUUGGAAGAGGUGAAGAAAGUGAUGAGUGAGAAGGGUAUUGCUAUUGAUGAGAAGGAAAUAGGUGUUGCUAUUGUAGAACAGUCUAGUUCUUCUCGAUUGCGUAAGGUGGUAAGGGAGAAGUUAAAGAAGAAGAAGACUAAGAAGGUUGAGGAAACGGCAGAGGUUAAGUUGGUUGUAGAAAAUAAAGCCAGUUCUGCUAAAAAUAAAGCCAGUUCUGUUAAAGAUAAAGCUAGUUCUGUCAAAGAUAAACAAGUGAUCACAAAGACCAUCGUUGAGGAAGCUAAGGUUGCCAAAAAACCUAUCAAAGAAGAGAAGAAAGUGGUUACAAAGACCGUUAAGUUGGUGUUGGGGGAAGAUAUAAGGUGGGCACAGUUACCCUCUAAUUGCAGCAUGAAAUCAGUAAGGGAGAUUGUUAAGGACCGGUUUCCUGGCUUGAAGGGUGUUCUUGUAAAGUACAAGGAUCAAGAGGGUGAUUUGGUUACAAUAACUACUACAGAUGAGCUGAGGUUGGCUGAAUCUUCAGAUAAUCUGCAGGGUUCGCUAAAAUUAUAUAUUGCUGAAGCCAAUCCUGAUCAAGAGCCGGUUUAUGAAGGAAUAAGUGAUGAGGAGCUUGAAGAUAGCACAAAAUCCAGUAUUGGUUUUGAGAAUGGAGAUAUUGGAAAAGAUAAAGAUGUGGAAAAAGGGGUUACUUGUGUUGAGGACUGGAUUCUCCAGUUCGCACGACUGUUCAAAAACCAUGUUGGUUUUGAUUCUGAUUCCUACUUGGAUCUUCAUGAACUUGGUCUGAAAUUACACUCAGAGGCAAUGGAGGAUACAGUGACAAGUGAUGAUGCUCAAGAGGUUUUUAACAUUGCUGCAGAUAAAUUCCAAGAGAUGACUGCCUUGGCUUUGUUUAAUUGGGGAAAUGUUCACAUGUCCAAGGCAAGGAAGCGAGUAACCUAUCCAGAAGAUGCUUCAAGGGAUCAAAUUGUUGAGCAGAUUAAGGUUGCAUAUGAUUGGGCUCGAAAGGAGUAUAUGAAGGCAGAGAAGAAGUAUGAAGAAGCUGUGAAGAUGAAACCAGAUUUCUAUGAAGGUUACCUUGCACUUGGACAGCAGCAGUUUGAGCAAGCAAAACUCUGCUGGUACUACUCAGUUGGGAGCAAUGUUGAAUUAGAAACUGAACCUUCUUCGGAAGUUCUUCAGCUUUAUAACAAGGCUGAAGAUAGUAUGGAGAGGGGAAUGCUGAUGUGGGAGGAGAUGGAGGAGCAGCGUCUGAAUGAACUAUCCAAAGCUGAUAAAUACAAAGCUCAGUUGCAGAAGAUGGGAUUGGACGGUUUUGUUAAAGAUGUUGUGCCCGAUGUAGCAGCAGAACAGGCUGCAAACAUGAAAUCACAAAUAUACCUUUUAUGGGGUACCUUGUUGUAUGAGCGUUCUGUUGUCGAAUAUAAGCUUGGCCUGCCAACUUGGGAGGAAUGUUUAGAGGUUUCUGUUGAGAAAUUUGAACUUGCAGGAGCCUCUCCAACAGAUAUAGCUGUUAUGAUUAAGAAUCACUGCUCCAAUGAAAAUGCACUGGAAGGUCUUGGUUUCAAGAUUGACGAGAUUGUACAAGCAUGGAAUGAGAUGUAUGAUGCUCAGAGGUGGCAGUUUGGUGCUCCAUCAUUCAGGCUUGAACCAUUGUUUCGCCGACGGGUUCCAAAACUACAUUCCAUGUUGGAGCAUGCUUGAGUUCUGUUGAUUGGAUUUUUUUACAGUUACCAAACAAAUUUUUCAGUUUUUUCGUAGCUCAACUUUUGGAAGCCAUGAAGUUGCAUGUUAAGAUAGGUAAUUUUUCUAUCUUUUGUUCUCUUUUAUUUUUUAAUCCCCUUUUGCUUUUCAUAUCUAUCAUAACGUGGUUAUAACAUGAAUUAUUAAGUUGACUUGCUAUUUAAUUUGUAAAACAAAUUGACUAUUUAGGGGUAAUGUUGCAUAGGCACGUGAGAACUCGUGCAUUUGUUUCUGUACUCUGUAUUUCUGUGUAAAUGCAUGGGCAACUACAUCUACAUAUGCAUGUAGAUAUAGAUAUUGAUACAAACAUGAAAUCCAGCACCAUAGAAAUAAUCUCUGCUGUCAUGUUUGCCAUGCUAUCAGUACAUAGCUUUUUGAACCUUUAAGAAGGAGCGCCAUUCCUUAUUUACACUCUUGAGUAUAAAAAUGCUAAUAAUCUAUUUUCUAUCCAAGUAAUAAUCUAUUUUGGUUCCAUCAGAAAAAGAAAAAAGUAAUGUGAUUUUGAUUGGGAGUUGGGAUAACUCAAUAGCAAUCUUAUUACAUAAGAACUCAAUGGUCUGCAAGAAUUAUGGCAUAGUGGCAACUAAGUUAAUUUGUUAUUUUGUAUUGGCUCUGUACAUUUUAAUUUUAACAUAAAUGAACUCUUUGGUUGUUCAUCAGUAUUUCAGUUGUGAUUUUCUUGAGCUUUUAAUGUUAAGGUGGAAUGAAGCAUAAUAAUUUUUUGUUGAUGCUUUUCUUUUGCUUGAUUACAGGUCUUUUUAUUCUAUGGACUGUUGUGUCUAUUGUUUGCUGUGGAAGCAAAGAUUUGCUUAGUGUUGAUUUUGACAGUGAAACUUGGGUGAUUGGAUUUUUUUUUUUAUUGAGAUUUUCUUUUUGGGGCCAGAGUGAUUUUUUCCACAAUUGGAUUAUAGUAUAAGAUUGAAUUUAUUUUAGUUUUCUCCAACAAAUAAGCAAGUAUUAUUUUGUUGGAAGGUUUGUUGAUUGUUGUUGUAGAUUCUCAUUGAGUCAUUUGUAAUUUGUUACCAAUUGUUGGGAUUUGUUGUAUGUCACACCAUAAAUUCUUCUAUAUAAUACCACUUUUCCUUUUUCUUCA